AAGCUGAGAGAGAGAGAGAGAGGAGCGGCACCGGUCAUCAUGUCUACGAGGUACCAUAAAGCGGCCAUCGAUGGCUAUCUGGACCUGCUGAAAGAGGGCACCAGGAAGGAUCUGAACACCCCGGAUGAGGACGGCAUGACCCCGACCCUCUGGGCGGCUUUCCACGGACAUCUCGAGGCGCUGCAGCUGAUCUGCAGCAGGGGGGGAGACCCAGACAGGAGCGACAUCUGGGGCAAUACACCUCUGCACCACGCCGCCUCCAACGGCCACCUGUACAUCCUCAACUUCCUGGCGAACUUCGGGGCCAACCUCUUCGCCCUGGACAAUGACUUCCACACCGCCAUGGACGUGGCAGCCUCCAAGGACCGCAUGGAGUGCGUGCGCUUCCUGGACAGCGCGGCCUCCCAGCAGAGCUCGCAGAACCCCAGGAAGGUGGCCAAGCUGAAGGAGCAGGCGGCGAGGGACGCGGAGAGGAGGGUCAAGUUGUGUGAGAAGGUCAAGAAGAGGCACGAGAGCAGGAUGAGCAAGAGGCAGGAGCGCGACUGGGGGACCGUGUCCGAAUCCUCCUCAUCCUCGCUCUCGGAGGCGGGCAGCGUCGGCAGGGCCGGCGAGCAGUUCUCCAGGCUCAUCGCCGCCGACGCCUCGGGCUCCCUCACGGCCCGCCUGAAGGGGACGCUGCAGCGCAAGUUCGGGAGGAAGGACAGCAGGGCGGCCCCAGCGGAGCGGCCGGGGGACGGCAACGUCAUCUUCGUCAAGCAGGAGAACGGCUCGGCCGGGCGCCCCGGCUUCCUCGAGGUCUUCAACGAGCAGGACGAGAGCGAGGGGGAAGAGGAGGAGGGGGCCGGGAGAGGAUGGAGGCAGGAGGGGGAAGAGGAGUCUGGGGAGGAGCCCAAGCCCAUAAAGGAGUCCAUCUUCAAGAGGCCCGGCCUGGGGAACAUGGUCUUCAGGAAACACUUCUCCCUGGACAUGGACACGGAGCCCGAGGAGAUCUCUUACGGAGGAGACCUGGAGGACAUGGGCUUCAGAAUCCGCGAAGAGCUGUUCCAGUCGGAUACCGAUGGGCUGGCGGACGAGGGCGACAGAGACGAGCUGCCCUGGAACGAGGAGGACAUCGGGCUGGACGAGGAAGACGAGGAGACGUCCCCGCUGGCCGCCUUCCUGGCCUCCCUCGGCCUGGUGGAGUUCACGCCGGUCUUCAGCCGGGAGCAGCUGGACCUGGAGGCCCUCAUGCUCUGCUCCGACGACGACCUGAAAAGCAUCCGCGUGCAGCUGGGGCCCCGCAAGAAGAUCCUGGACGCCGCCGUCCGCAGGAAGCAGGCCCUGCGGCAGCCCGGCGCGCUCGCGGACCGCCCGCUGUGAGGGGCAGGGGGACAGGCGAGAGGUCUGCAUCAGCUCCGUGUCCUGGGGAGCCGCGAGGGGGUCCCCUCGCGUGCCAGCAGCGACUGCGGCCGCUCGGCGGUUGGACUUUGGCACCCUGGGAGAGUGAGAGCCGACGCUCCUGGCUGGAAACAUCAAGAAGGGACUGGGAAUGCACUAUAGAAACUCAGACCCCCAGCGGGACAGCGUGUGGGGGUCACGGCGAGGUGCUGUUCCCUCUUGCCCAGCUGAAGACCUCCUGCUGCUGCUGCUCCAGCAUUUAGCCAUUAGCGCCAAAUCUUUAUUUUCUGAAAAAAUGCCAGAUUAAAAAUAAUUCAUAUCUAUAGUCCGUAUCUUGAAACUUCCAUAAUAAAACAGAUAUGCCAGCAGGUUACCUUAUUGUAGUUAUUAUGUUUUAGGUAACCUCACCUUAAAGACUGAAAAUGGCUUUAUUCUUUUGUUAGAUGAUAUCCUUUUUUUGACAAGCAAGCAGAAGCCAAAGUAGUUUAUUUUUUAAAUAACGUUAAAAAAAACAUCUCAGAAUGAGUGCUGAUGACAUCGAAUGAUGGUGUCUGGUUUUCUCCAGUUGUUGCACAGGACGAGUGGCUUUAUGGUGAUGGACCUUUACAGGAACCCAACUGAAUUAAAAACAGCUCCUUCUUUCUGUCCUCAA